GUUUGAAAGCAACACACUGGAACGAGAUUGGAGUCUGUCUAAAUUCCUUGUUUGGCAGCGGUAACCAAGCCAGUAUGGAAUUAAGGGAGUUGGCUCGCUUCUUAAUGCAGGGAACAGUGAGUUAUGACGACCUACUUUGGCAGCCGGGUUUAUGGAAUGCCAACACAAAGAUGGAGUUCAUUAGAGAAAUACAUUUUAUGGUUGACAUGGAUCGUGAUGCAAAUAACAAGCUACCAUAUGCACAGACAAAGAAAGGAUGUCAACUCGCGAAGAAGAAGUCUCUUGGACUAUUUGAUCUCAUGCAAGAGUUUACAAAACCAAAAGAUGAGAAUAACAUACCACGAGAACGUAAGGAGGACCACUUGCUUGAUUCAGUUUUAUUCUUGAGGAACAAAAUUGUCGCUCACUACGAUGACGAGUACAAAGCGUUUUCAGGUCAAAAGGAGAAAAUUGGCACAACUAAGGCUCAGAUUGAGAGAUAUGUACAACAUAGCAAGGGUGAUUACAUGAUAAAACUGGCGAGAGCCAUAAAGGAGUUAGGGUGGUUCGAUUCGUCUCCACUUCUUCGAGGUAAAACCCACUAUAUGGAAGGAUUCUACAACCUGAGGAUAUCCGAUGGGAAAGGAAAAGGCAAAGCAAAACGUUGACAUAGCAACCGUUGCAACAAUGAUGACCGGGACAGACCCUUAUCCCUAGCAUAAUAUACUAUUACUAUUAAAACUGCAUAAGUAAUGAUAUUUCAGGGAAGAAAACUACGAGACUUGUAUAAUUUGUGUUGGUCCUAGGGUGGUUGGAACCGUUUAUGAACCAUUGUGAACCUUUGUGGUGUGAUUAAACCAUUAUACAUUUGGACAA